AAGAUACCCAGGCACGGCGGACACCGCUGUUGAAGCAAUUGUGCUUGUGCUUGUACUUGUACUUGUCCAUGCGCGUUACGCCUAUCCAACGAUGCGAACAACGCCCGACUCGAACGGUGCCCCGGCGUUGGGGUCCGCCGAUUGGUGACAUCAUCCCGGAGAGCCGGCAAUUGCCGUGGCCCGCAUGUUUGGCUCGUUCCAACCACACCGACACUUUUCAGCAUCUGUGUCUGCUCUUCGCCCUCCGUCCACCAUGUCCAACAACGCACCAUCAUUAUCGCCAUCACCAUCGCCAUCACCGCUGCGCCGCCUUGAGGCCGAUGCCCAAGUGGUGGCCGAACACCUACCACCCGGGUACACGGCCGCCGAGUUUCACAGCAGCGCUGCCGGAAGCGGUGAUGGACCCGCUUCUUCCGCGGCUACGGCGUCGAAGCCAGCGGUGCCGGCCGUGCCGACCGAGGAGUCCUCGCUAAAGCUGCAGGGCGGCGACAUACACCGGGAUCUUUUCAAGAUAGACGCUGCCGCGCGUUUUCCCAUACACCGCCGCGCCGCGACAUUCCACUCGCCCCGCGAGUACCGCCAGGACAGCGGCCACCCGCCGAUGACAGUGGGCGACCAGCUCGCCCCGGGAGGGUUCCGGCGCGCCUUCCUGCGCCAGAGGCACGGCCACGAUUUCCUUGCCGCCCGGAUGCCCAUCACUCGCAACUUUGUCGAGUUCCUUGACCUCUACGGCAGCUUUGCCGGCGAGGACCUCGCGGACACCGACGAGGAGGCCGUCACCGAGGAAGAAGGGGAGGUGGAGGGGGAGGGAGAGGGAGAGGGGGCUGAGGUGGAAGCGGCUGAGCGGAGGCCGCUUCUACGGCAGCGCCCCAGCUACGCCAGGAUGCCCCGCUCCGCAACGGCCGGCACCGUCAAGACCUUCUUCACGCUGGUCAAGGCCUUCGUCGGCACCGGCAUCAUGUUCCUCCCCAGGGCCUUCGGCAACGGCGGCAUCCUGUUUUCCACCGUCACCAUGCUGAUCGUGUCGGCCGUCACCAUGGUCGCCUUCCACCUGCUGCUCCAGUGCAAGCUCCACUACGGCGGCGGCUACGGCGAGAUCGGCCAGGCCAUCGCCGGGCCCAGGAUGCGCGCCCUCAUCCUCUCCUCGGUCGCGCUGUCCCAGCUCGGCUUCGUCUGCACCGGCAUCGUCUUCGUCGCCGAGAACCUGCUCACCUUCCUCAACGCCGUCACACACGGACGCAGCCCGCUGUCGACCGGCGGGCUGAUCGCCCUGCAGCUCGUCAUCCUCGUCCCGCUCGCCUGGAUCCGCAACAUCGCCAAGCUCGGGCCCGUCGCCCUGCUGGCGGACGCGUGUAUCCUCGUCGGGGUCAGCUACAUCUACUGGUUCACGAGCACGGCGCUCUCGGCCUCGGGCGUCGACCCGUCCGUCGUGCUGUUCAACCCGGCCAAGUACACGCUGACCAUCGGCGCGGCCAUCUUCACGUUCGAGGGCAUCGGCCUCAUCCUGCCGAUCCAGUCGUCCAUGGCGCGGCCGCAGGACUUCGAGCCGCUGCUGGGCGCGGUCAUGCUGCUGAUCACGGCGCUGUUCACGUCGGUCGGCGCGCUGUGCUACGCCACCUUCGGCGCGCGCACGCGCAUCGAGAUCAUCGACAACUUCCCGCACGACAGCCCGCUCGUCAACGCGGUGCAGCUGCUCUACGCCGUCGCCGUCCUCGUCGGCACCCCCGUCCAGCUCUUCCCCGCCCUGCGCAUCGCCGAGGGCCGCCUCUUCGGCCACAUGCGCUCCGGCAAGGGCAGCCUGCGCACCAAGUGGGUCAAGAACACCUUCCGCUUCGCCGUCCUCGUCUCGUGCGGCCUGGCGUCUCUCGUCGGCGCCGGCAACCUUGACCGCUUCGUCGCGCUCAUUGGGAGCGUCGCCUGUGUGCCGCUCGUCUAUGUCUAUCCGGCAUAUCUGCAUUGGAAGGGCGUCGCGACGAAGAGGUGGGUGCGCUGGGGCGACGUGGCCAUGAUGGUGCUCGGGGUCGUCGGCAUGGUAUACACGACGGCUGUGACGCUGGCGGAGAGUUUUCUGUGACAUGGAACAACAUCGACAUCACACAUAAUCGAUGCAGAGGCCAUUUGCAUGGAAGAUCUAGAGAGAGGCAGGAGGGGUGAUAAAAGGUUGCAUAGCGAGUUCAAAAAACAAGACAUGAUGAAUGAAGCGGCCCUACGGAUAUCAUGGGUAACAUAACAAAGCGAGUUUGUUCCUUGAU